AUGGCUGGAACAUUAGAUGAUUAUCAAGAUGUGAAAAACAGUGUCGUUGCUGGUCCUAAAGAAGCUGAUGAAGGUAUGAAAAAUGCAGCUAAGCAUGUUAUUUCUGUGAAGCAAUUCUUUGAUGAACAAGGAAAUAACAACAUUGCAGCCUCCAUCAAACAUCCUCCAGAAGUUCUUCUCACUCAGCUCGGGGACAACGAGAGGUUUGAGAUUAAUUUGGAUGAGCAUUACGUGAAAGAUAGUUGCAAGGAUAUCCUGAAAAAUAGAAGCAGGCAGUGGCGUUACAAGUUAAAACAACUAUUUGAAAGUGCACACUCCGAGGAAGAAGCUCGUAAAAUUGAAGUGCCAGAGUUGACCCCCGAAAAUUGGAAUAGGCUUUGUGACAUGUGGAUCAAUCCACAUCAUAAGAAACGAUUCGACAUAAACAAGGUCAAUAGAACUAAGCUUAAAUCUAAUCAUUUCAUGGGCUCAAAAGAGUUUGUAGCGGCUCGUGCUGAAAUGGGUGGGACUAAACCUGAACGAGUAGAGCCUGAUAGAAUCGAGUUUUACAAGCAUACUCAUUACACGAGUGAAAAAGGAUGGUCUUCUCUACAGGCUGAGACUCAUUAUAGCAACAUGAUUGAUUUGAAAGAUAUAUAUACUUCGGGAGAGUCUUCCAGGACUAUUGAUGAAAUUGUGGAUACUGUUCUUGGUACAAAGUCGGGAUAUAUAAAAGGCCUUGGUUAUGGUCCAAAACCUAAUACUACAAGAGCUACACAAAGGAGAACGGCAGAGUUAGAAGACUCUCUCAAAAAGGCGAAACAAGAAGCUGUUAGUGCCCAACAUGACUUACAAAAACGAUUAAAUGCAGCUGAAACUGAGGUAGAAAACCAACAGUCGCAGAUACUAGACCAGCAAUCUCAGAUUCAAGACCAAUAG